AUGACAUUAGUUGCUAGAAGUGCUACUAGAGUUGGUAUUAAAAGUUGCAUCCCUUCUUUAAAGAAAGUAAUCCCAGGCGCAGGCUACCAAAGAUUAUUCCAUGAGUCUCCAAAUAAGCUGAAUGGCACAUUUGGUGUUAACAUCCCACAGGAGCAAGCAGGAAGAAGCAGCUCAACUGCGACCGGUCUUGCUAAGGUUGGCAUUGACCAUGAGAGCUUCAAAAUUCCUGACACUACGGCUUAUUUGAAGGAUUUCAAGGUAAGUGAGUUGUUAUCUUACAUGGUUAUUGGGGCAGCAACAUUAAAUAAACCAAUAUUGAAUAUGUGUAUUAAGAUGUUUCCAUAUGUGCCUAUGCCGGUCAUUAAGGCAUUGGUAUACAAAUUAUACUGUGGUGGAGAGAAGAUUGAAGAGGUUAAGCAGACAGGAAUACGCUUAAGCAAGAGAGGUAUCAACAAUAUGAUGCUUUCAUUAACUAUUGAAGCAUGUAAUGGGAAUGAUAACGUAGAUCCCGAAUUUAUAGUCAGCGAAACUCAACGUUCGGUCACCGAGAUCUUAAUUCCGCACAUAUUAACUAUGAUUAAGGAAUCCGGGAAGGAUAUUAAUUCCAUCCCUCCAGGAUACGUUGCAUUGAAGCCAACUGGGUUUGCAAAAGAUGCGUCAAAUGUGUUAAAAUACUAUAAAACUGACCCUCAUUACGCAGCAAUGUUCGAAGAAUUGGUUGAUAAGGCGUCGAAUGUUUGCGGAACAAUUUACGAGGAAAACUUAAAAUUAUCGCAAAAAUUUCCUGAUAGGACUGCACCAUUUAUUGUAGGUGUUAUCGAUGCCGAGAAACACGAAUUACAAGAAGGUGUCUAUGAAUUACAAAGAAGAUUGUAUGCUAAAUAUAACCCAGCUAAUAAGCCUGUUUCUAUCGUUGGUACAUUACAGAUGUAUUUAGCAGGCUCGUCUGAUUUAUUAGCUUUAGAAGAGAAAUUAGCUAUCGAAAACAAUUAUAGAUUAGGUUUAAAAUUGGUUAGGGGUGCUUAUAUUCACUCAGAGAAGAACAGAGAGGUCAUUCAUAAAACAAAAGAAGAUACAGAUUUGAACUACAAUCAAGGUAUCACUUAUUGUAUUGAGUCUAUUUUGGCCAAUAAGGAAAAUGAAUUGACAAUUGGACAUUUAGUAGUGGCAUCUCAUAAUGCUGACUCGUUAAAACUAGCUACUGAAAGAUUGAAUAAAUCUACUCUGGCUGAUAACAAGAACAAAAAUAACGUUAUUUUAGGUCAAUUAUUAGGUAUGGCUGAUAAUAUUACUCAUAACUUGAUCAAGACUCAUAAUGUUGAUAAUGUCAUUAAAUAUGUUGCUUGGGGCCCUCCUUUAGAAACCAAAGAAUAUUUACUUAGACGCUUAGAGGAAAAUGGUGAUGCUGUUAGAGCUGACAGUGGAUUUAAUUUAAUCAAAGGCGUUAUAGGCGUAUUGUUUAAGCGGUUAUUACGCUUAGUCUAA